GCAGUCAACGAUUAAUGCUGCGCGGGUCGAAAGAUAUCGAUAUAAUAUCUUGAUACAUUUUUGACAUCCCUAGAUGAGCGAACGUUGCUCUGUCAUAAACAAAAGUUCGAUUUCGUGUUGUAGAAAAGUCGGAGAAAAAUGAACAUUGAAGCUGCCGCCAACAAAGCAACGCCAGCAGCGUCGCUGACUGGGACAUUUUAGUUAUCGAGAUAUCCCACAUCAACAAAGAAGCCACUGCCGAGUAGGUCUACCGUCGAAGGUGCUAUGAGUAUCACAUAAUGGCAGCGGCACAUAAAUCGUCUAAAGCACGCGAUUCGACGAACGUCAAGACCGAGCGGACGUUUUAUCUGGAUGCAGGGCAAUCUUAUGAUACAAUGGCAGAAUCUCAUCGCGCAUUCCAUUCCUUGGAAGCCCAGAUGAAGGUAGCCCCAGAUUUAGAUGCUGCUGAUGUUGAAGCUGACCAUAAAGGACAAAACAAUAAUCAACUACAGUCGUUGGAACCCAUUUUCUUGGAUGAUAUACCUGAGCCAAUUAAAGUCCUUGAUGAGAUUAUUUCGGAAUUUGAGGAGGCAGCAACGAAACCAGUGGCCUUGAACUGUAACGGUGGCGAAAAUCAGUCUGAGGACGAUGGCUACAUGAGCCUAAGUCGCAAAAACAUGUCCAUAAAAGAUUCCGAAGAGGUACCCCAAACACCCAGCACAGAUACUGUGCCCGAGAGAAGCUUCAACGAAGUGAAUGACACUGCUGAGAACAUAACUAAAUUAUCUGAGAUUGUACACGAACGGGAAACUACAUCGCCCCUCAUUCAGACAACGCUGCCAAAGGCUCGGGGUUCGAGCUCGACUUCUGCCGUAAGCUCAAAUUACUCCAGUUUACCGUGCUGUGGUGCCAAAGGUUCGAGUUUGGGUGGAGCUUCCGCUGCCAAUUCCUCAAGUGGAUUGUUGGCCAUCCGACACCCGGCAAGCUGCACCGGUGGUCGCAAUGCCCUGGGCAUCGACAUUAGCGCUGUGCAUAACGCUGUUCUCCGUGGUAAUUUGGCAAAGCUGCCGGAGCCAUUCGUCAACGAGCAUCCGGUGACGAUCUACCCAGGACCCUCUUCCAAGGCGGCCGUAGGGGAAGGGGCUCGUGGCAAGCGGUUACUCAGCUCCGUCGAAAAGCACAAGGAGGUGUGCCACAUUCUGAAUCCACUAUCCAGCAGCUCAAACUCUUCGUCCGCGGAGGCUUCACCUGCUGCGUCUCACGUCAAUGUGGCGACAUCAACAGCGGCUGCCAGGGCUGAGGACUAUUCGGAAGAUUCGCUAGAGGAGUCCAACGUCUCCAGUGACCUCACACCCGUUAAACAGAACGGAAUCGCCUGGGAAAUUCACUUUAGGAGCAACAAGAAGAUGUCCAGUGGCUUAAAAAAUACUUCUGAUUCUAAAACGAUAACCAACCAUUUAGAUGGCAGUUUUAUUUCCAACGAUAAAAGCAUGCUGGGCAAUGGAACUUUUAUUAUCCGUCGCUCCACUGCCAAAAAACCGCCUCGUGCCGCAGAUGUGUUUCGUAUACCGAAGCCGCUACGUUCCUCGUUGGCCGAGAGAGUCAAACCCGAACCCAAAGUUGGCCCGGGUGCGAUCAGUAAUGAGUUCUACACAAGCGAUAGCGAGCAAAGCGAUGCCACUCCGCUACCAUUACCACUGCCACCAGCUUCAUCUGAGACAAACUUCGUAUACAAGGAGUGUGAGGCUAAUGCGGAGCAUACACGCCGCGGAUUGGAGAUGGCCGCUGCACAGCGAGCGGUCUUAUCUCUUGAUAUUGAGGCAGCAGAACAACUCGGCUAUUGCAAGCCAGUGAAGAGCAAGAUGGCAAUGCUAACAGAAAAGCGCCUGAGUGCCGAGUCCAUGCCGGACAACACAUCCAGCAGCGAAGAGUUUGAUGAGGCGCGUCUCAACGGAACCAGCAGCUACGAGUUGUAUGGAUACAACGGUAACGAUCAGCGAGCUUCAAACGCCACCACUCCUCAUACAGAUUUGGCUCCAACUUUGGAGGAGGACGAAGAACUUUCCGAUUUCAGCUAUGGGUGUGCUCCACUGAUGCAAAUAGAGCAUAACAUCAGUGCUUUGUUGCGUGGAGACAUUCCAGUCGUUGGCCAACCGGCUGAAUGCAAUGGUGGUGGACUUACUGGUGCCCCAACGACAGCUGCCGAGCUGCAUGCAAAGCGAGUACUGGAAUUUCGACAUGGCGUUCACAAGUCUGAAAGCGCCAAAGAGAUGCUGCUUUCACAGAUCCCCCAUUUGGGCCCACUGCCCCCCUCGCCGCCAAGUUCUAACCCGGAUUUAUUUGACUACGAUGCCCCACUUCCACCGUCGCCGGUGGAAGUGCGAAAGCAGCUAGAGCUCCCGGCAGUGGCCCCUGCCGCGAAUAGGGGUACUACCGUAGUGGAGGUACAUGCCACCGCCUCCGGUACGGCGGUGCACAGUAGCAACAGCCACACUCGCCGCAGUCGAGACAAUAUCUCCUCUGUGCGUCACUUUACUGACGAGCUACCACCGCCACCAGCGCCUGCCCACCAAUCCGCCAGUUUUUUAGAGGGCCACGCCGGACCGCCUACUGUCCCCCCACAUCGAGCCACUGGAGGUCAUUCGGCCAACACAAUGAAAUCCUGGAGUAUUGACUCGCAAUACCGCAAGAAAUCACCAAAGCUUUUUGGUCACUAUAGCAGCGGUGGCAGUGGGAUAACCACACCUACUGGUCUGGGACCGAUGCCUCCACUGCCCGCUCCGCACUUCGACGGAAUGGCAGGUGGAUCUGGGUCCUACCAUCGACGUUAUAUUAACUAUGGCACCAAACGUAGCCUAAAGCAGUCGCCGCGUGAAGAGCAUCGCCUGCAAACCUCAUGUAGUCUUCCUGAAACGCCAAUUUUCGCCAGAGGCUGUGACAUACCCCGAACCCCAUAUCGACGCCAAAAUGAGCCCCUACCUGUGGUCAGUGGUUCCCGCACAGCGCCCAGAUCGAGCACAUCGACCAGCAUUAACAUGGGCGCUUCAAUUUUGGGAAUAGGAGUAGGAGGUAACUAUGGUACAUCUCAAAUUUGCCGCCAGCGCUCAAUAAAUCAUGCUUUGGCUUCCAAUGAAAUGCUUCGUAUGACCGGGGCCCCGGCUCGAGGAUGGUAUCCCAAGCAACGGGGUAUGCGCCCAGUCUCCACCGAAAACAUAGAUCGGCUGGCAUCCAUGCGGAUAUGGGAUAAUCCGACUGGCAUGUCGGGCAUCGGACAAUCUCGUAAGCCAUUAACGCUGCCACCAAAUCUUACACCUUCCUUCUUGAAUAAAUCACCCCGCGAGGCUCUGCGGCGAGUGACCAGUUUGCUGAUAACCAAGAAAAAAAACAGCAAAGAUCGAAAACCGAAGGCAUACUGCGAUGAGCUUAUGGAUGAUUCCAAAAGCAAGCAGUUCUAUAAUUUUGAAACGGGAUCCACCACGCAAAAGGAUACCAAUCGUAAAGACAAUGGAAUCUCAGGGGCGGCCACCAAUAACAAACCCAAAAAAAAGGGGCUUUUUAAAUCUCUUUGGAAACGCUCCAAAACUGCCUCUUUAGAUCAGAAGUGAAACCCACCCUUGAUAGCUCAACCACUGCCCCUUGCUUUAUAUACCAUAUGUUUAUAGUAUUAUAACCCUGCACUUACAUUAACUUUUUUCGGGUCAAAAGCCAGACGACUCACCUGCUUAUUAACUCAGCAAAACGCUUGUCUUUGUUUAUCUUGAAACACACAAAAGUAUCGUAAUUGGUCAUAUAGUAAUGAGACAAUUGAACAAUUCAAAUGCACAAAAGCCGUGAAUCGUAAAGACUGACAAUGAAAAAAGCGUUUAGAAAGAUUUAAUUAAAUUUAAAAAAAUGAGAAAGUAAAUAAAAUGAACCUAAAAAAUACAAACAAAAUUUCACUCUUUCAAGUUAAAGAAAAUGCAGUGUAAAAUAAUUGUAUGGUCAACACCGAACUUUUAAAAUACUAUUAAAACUAUUACUGUAGUCAUAUGGCCAAUGAUCGAAUAACAAAAAUCUAACCGAAUACACAUAGCAUUGGCUCAACAAGAAAUUUAAAAGCACUGAAUUAAUUUAAUCAUAUGUAAGUAUGAGCGAUAUAUAUAUACAAAAACAUAUAUAGUUUGGACUAUAACUAAACCGUUUAGGAUUUUAGGCAACAAUACUUAUAUUAUUAUGAUGUUAAAUUGCUUACUUCUGGGCAAGAGAUUUUAAUGAGCUGGAGACGGGAAAUGAGCAAUAAAGAAAUUUUUAAGUAUCCUAUGUAUUUUAAUCGAACUUCUGAUUCUUUACCAAGCUCCAGAGUGCAACCCAGAAAAAUCAAGUUGAAUUGACAAACAAAAAUCUCAAAACUGAUGGUACGUUUUGAAUUUCCAGAAACUGAAACAAAAUGAAGUUAAGCCCUCCACAUUUUAACGAAUGUUUGAUAAUAAAAAUGAGAUCGAAAGUAAUGUAAUCCAUAAAAUCGUUAAAAGUAUAAUAUAUGCUCAAGGCGAUUUUACCAGAGAAGGGAUUUCUAAAAUUUUGAGCAAAAUUAAUUUGAGUAGUUGGAAAGAAAAAUUGCAAUAUGUAAACGUUUACUAGUCAAUAAAUAUACAAAAUGAACCACAGAAAAUGUAUAAGAAAGAUAACAUAUUUUUUAUUAGCACUCAGUGAGAUGCCAAGAAUAUAAAUAUUGGAAUCAUUUAAUCAGCGGGAGCUGAGUUUCCCAAAAACAAGAUAACAGUAUUAUUAACAAUUUGUAUUACAUUAGUUACAGCUAUUACAGCCAAAAUGCUAAUAAUCCGUUGAAGGCAGAGUAUGACCAUGAAUUUAAAAGUGUCGACUAUAUUAUAAUGGUUCUUUUUUUUUAAAUUCAUGACUUGAGAUAUACGACAAAAUCACAAAUAAAAGCCAAUAAUAUAUUUGUAAAACUUUACAAAUCUUUCUAAAAAUCUAUAUCGUGAUACAAAU